AUGCUUGGAUUCAGUGUUGUUGGCGGCAUCUCCUCAUCAAUGGUCUUCACUCCCAGCGUCGCUUGCCUUACUCAUUGGUUCCUGCGACGUCGUGCGCUAGCCACUGGCAUUGCUGCAACCGCUGGUGGAUUCGGUGGCAUAAUCUUCCCUGUCAUUAUCUACAAUCUUGCUGAAACCGUUGGAUUCCCCUGGGCCAUCCGUAUCCUGGGCUUCAUCUGCUGCGCAUUCUGCAUUCUCUGCAUCCUCUUCCUCAAAACACGGCUUCCACCAUCUACCAAUGUGAACAACAAUGGGAAGAUCAACCUUCGUGCCCUGUGCGAAAUGCCCUUCACUUUCCUCACCAUCGCCAUUAUCCUUAUUGACUUCGCCCUUCUUAUUCCACUUACCUACCUACCAUCCUUCGCAGAAGCACACGGUCUGCCUCCCUCGCUCUCCUACCAACUCGCCUCCAUCCUUAAUGCGGCUUCCAUCUUUGGUCGCGCGGUCCCAGGCUAUUUCGCUGACCGUUUCGGUCGCUUCAACGUCAUGAUAAUAACUACCUUCAUCUGCGCUCUGUUCACCUUCACAAUAUGGAUACCCGCUGCGUCCAAUAAGGCUGCCAUCUUCGCGUACGCCAUCUUAUUUGGCUUCUGGAGUGGCUCAGCCAUUAGUUUGGCCCCGGUCUGCGUCGCCCAAAUCUCAGAGACUGCCGAGUAUGGCCGUCGUUAUGGGACUGUAUACUCGUUGGUCAGCGUGGGUGCACUGGUUGCCAUCCCCAUCGCUGGCGAGAUCCUCUCAGCCAACAGCACGCCCUAUCAUGAAGAUUACACUGGAUUAGUUGGGUUCUGUGGAGGGAUAUACUUUCUCGCGGGGGUGUUUUUCAGCCUGUCCAGAUGGAAGUGUACCGGCUCCCUAAUGGAGGUAUUCUGA